AUGUAUACAGAUGGAUCAAGAAUUGAUUUCAAAAAGUUCUGGGGGAAUUCGCCCAUGGAAAUGGAUUGGGUCAAUGCGGAAGGAAGAUCGGGUGGUAUGGUGAGCUUAUGGGAUCCUGGAUUUUUUCAUAGAACUGAAACUAUAAAGCAUCUAUAUUUUCUCUUAAUAUGUGGAACAAUCAGAGGAGUUAGUGAACCGCUGCACAUUUUAAACAUAUACGCACCGCGGACUGCUCCGGCCAAAAGAGAGUUGUGGGAUCAUAUUAAAGGCAUGAAGGCAAAGCGAGGAGGCAUUUGGAUCAUGCUUGGGGACUUUAAUCAAGUAAGAUCUUCCGAAGAAAGAAGAAAUUGCAACUUCGACCCGACAACGGCUGCCGACUUCAACUCAUUCAUAUAUGAAGCGAAUCUCGCCGAAUAUAUCAUGAAUAGCUUCAAGUUCACUAGAUGCGUCGAUGGGGGUAAUAAACUUAGUAAACUAGAUCGCAUGCUAGUUUGCGACAAGUUUUGGGGGCUAUGGCCGAACGCUACAUUACGGGCUCUUCUGAGGAAUCUCUCGGACCACUUCGCGCUAGUCUUGAUAACCACACCAAAUGACUUUGGGCAUAUCCCCUUCAAAUUUUUUAAUGCUUGGCUUGCUAAACCUCGGCUAGAUGAUGUGGUUCGUUCUUCUGUUAGUCUUUUCACUUUUGCAGGCCCACCUGAUGUUUACUUAGCUGAAAAGCUAAGGUGCAUAAAAAAUGCAGUUAAAGCAUGGAACAAGACCACCAAGAAAGAGGAGGACGCAAACCUUAAUGUCUAA